AUGGAAUAUUGCCCAGGUGGUUCGUUAAAAAAUCUGCUUAUUGACAAAAAGGAAGCAAUUAAACCAGUGGAGAGGAAUAUUUUUUUGUACGAAGCAGCCAAAGCUUUGCGGCAUUUGCAACUCAAAAAGUGUGUUCACAGGUGGGAUGUUGCUGCACGAAAUUGUUUGAUUGGUAUAAGCGGUUCAUUAAAAUUGUCCGAUUUUGGCUUGAGUAAGCCACUGGAAGAGCUAAAAAGAACAAACAUUGACGAUGAGAAUAUAGCGUGGCCGAUUCCGUGGAUGGCGCCCGAAACACUUUCAAAGAGACCUAAAUUCACGACCAAAAGUGAUGUAUAUGCAUUUGGAGUACUCAUAUAUGAGGUUUAUUCAUGCGGUGGUAAACCAUGGCCUAAUGUUGCAGCAGCAGAAGAGAUCAUUCCUAUUGUGCGGAAAGGAAAAAUGAUGGCAACACCACCUUUACUGAAUGAAAAAAGCGUGGAAGAUGCUAUGCGUGAUUGCUGGAAACGUAAGCCAGUGGAUAGACCGGACUUUGUGGAGCUUGUUAAACGGUUUCGUAUAAUCCUUCGCGCGCAAAAGCUACCAGGCGGAUCGGAGCGCAUAAUAAGUCUGCUGAAAGGUGUAGAUUCAACGCUGAAUUCAGUUCAACUUGAGGAAAACUCUCCAGAUAGCAUACGCUCGAAACAACGUGAAGUAGAUGAUGUGAGUUAUUUUUAUAAAAGUGAAUUCCGCCGCCUGUUGCAAAUCAGUGAUAUCGGGAAGGGGGAGGGCGUGGCGGAGACGGGGGAGGGGGCUGAGUAA